AUGACUCCUAAACACAAGUGGUUUCAUCUUCUUCAUCUGUGGCGUCUAUGGUAUGCCAUCAUUACCACCAUCAUCCAUAUUCUAUUAAUCUAUGCGAAUACAGAAAAAACAUUGUAUUACGAACGAGUUCAAUGGCAAACAAACCCACCUUAUAUUAUACCGAAAAUAGAAUUAUUUUUACAAAAAUUAUUUUUAUUGAUAUCAACACUUGUUCUUAUCGCAUUUGUCUAUCCGGGAUUGUUUGCAGUAAAUAAUAACGCGAAUGAUGGUGUGAAAUUAACAAUAAAUGGUCUAAUAAAAACAAUAUCGUCAAAAACCAAAUUACUAACAGAUAAUAGUAGUAUAUCUUUAGCCUUUAUACUAUGGAAACAUUGUUUUUCAAUUAGUGGUACUUUACAUCUAUUGAUGAGUUGGAGUAUAUUAUUUUCAUCAAUACCUAUUGAAGCAAAACAAAUUCUCAUCGGUUUUAGAGAACCAGGUAAUGCAUGGCUUACAGAUUUUGACUAUUUUUUUAAUUUGGAUAACAGUCUUCCUGCCAUCAAAACUACAAAACGUUUUCAAAAUAAUUCAGAUUUUUUAUCAAUUCAAUAUCCAAAUAUUAAUGAUCGACAUCAUUAUCAUACUGGUAAAUUUAAUGAAUAUUCUCGUCUUGGAUUAUUUCAUUUUAUAUUUGCGACAGUUUUAUAUUGUAUUUCGUAUCCGACUGUCUUCUGGUCUAUUUCAAAAUCAUUUUCGAUACUAUUUUCAAUUUCAUUGUUUCUCAAUGCAUUACAAUGGUUAUUAAUGUACGGUAGUUUUCAACUAAUAAUAAGAUUAGUAUGUUACAAUCAGUUUAACAUUGUCUCAUCCACAUCAUCCUAUACAUUUUUACUUUUAAAUCAACCGUAUAUGGCUAUAUUUUUAUAUCUUUUACUUGAAUUUCUCGUCUUCAUCUCAUCUGUUACAAUUUACUUCUAUGGCUAUAGUCGUUUUAAACAAUUUGUAACAAGAAAUUAUUUUCCAUCAAAAAAAAUACGUCGACGACAUCGAUCAUGUUGGGAUAAAUGUUCAUAUUAUUGUCCAAGUUUAAUUGCAAUUGUUAUCAUUCUUCUAUUCACUGCUUGUAAAAUUCCACUCAUGCACGACAUACUCAUUUUAUAUAUACAACAACGUAAUCGUUUAUUAAUAAUAACAUUCAUUAACGAAAUUGUUCAUGUUUUACUCACUAUAGGUUUGUGGAUAUUCUUAACAACAAAGACCGAUUGGCAUUUUUUUGAUAACGGCAAUGAUAAUAAUCAUUAUGAUCGAGAAAAAACAAAAGUAACAUCACCUAUACUAUCAAAAAAUUUGAUACUUAAGAGUACACCAACGAAAAUGGCAUCUAUGCCUGAAUUAAGUACAACAACCACGUCUGACAAUGACAAUAGAGCGCUAAUUAAUCGACCAUUAUCGGAUGUUUAUCAUACUGAACCCUAUGAAAAAAUUCGAAUAUUUCAAUCGGAAAUUUAUUAUCGAAAUAAUCCAACAGAUUCAUUGUGGAAUCGUUAUCAAGAAACAGCCGAUGAUAGUUACAGUAAACGUUUACAACAACAUUCAAAACCAAAAAAUUGGAGUUUACCAUUGAAUAAUAGCGAUUUACAAUAUGAUAAUCUUUCAAACAACAAUAAUAAUAAAGUAGUAGUUUCAUACGAACAACCGAUAGAUAAUGAAAUACAAUAUCGAAAUGCCAUACGUAAAACAUUGGGAAGUAUUUAUAAAUUCGCAAAUGGAACUAAUGAUCAUGAGCAACAGAAAUUUUCUCGAAGUUAUUCAGCUAAUACACCGAGACAAUUAAAACAAAACUAUACAACAGCAAAACUUCUACGCGCUAAUAAUCACAAUCAUCAUCAUCCCGAUUUGUUUUCCACACGUAAUUUUAUGCACUCAGAAGCAUUACUCAUCAGUCAAGUUUAA